AUGCACAAAUUAUUGAUCGACCACGCAAAGAAACUGGCGCUUAAAUCUGUCUUGGAAUCAAACGUAACAGAUGCUAAUAAACCAUCGGAUGAUUCCUCAUCCUCAUCAUCAAAAGCUUGA